UGUGUUUGAGGUGUUCCAGGAAGUGCAAGGUGGACACGGGCCCCACCGAUUCAACACAACUGCAUACAUAAGCACUUAUUAACAACAAGGCUGCUGUUUGGGUGUCAUGUUCAUGGGGGGCUAUCGCUAAGACACAUGGAGCCCCAAGAAGAAAAGCCGAUCAUUUAUACAAUGGAAAACAAGCCGAUCGUGACAUGUGGUGGAGACCAGGCCUUGUUUACAUCCCUCUACACCCCAUUGGCCCAACAGCUUCCUCGGGAGCCAAUGGAAUGGAGGAGGACCUAUGGCCGAGCGCCCAAGAUGAUCCAUCUGGAGGCUAACUUUGUGCAAUUUAAAGAGGAGCUCCUUCCCAAGGAAGGCAACAAAGCUCUCCUCACCUUCCCCUUUCUCCAUAUCUACUGGACAGACUGCUGUGACACGGAGGCAUACAAGGGGUCGGUGAAGGAGGACAUGACACGCUGGCAGAACAGCCUCCGCGGCCACGGCUCGGUCGACUGGGUCAUCGUCGUCGUGGAAACCAACGAUGCCAAGAAGAAGAACAAGACCAACAUCCUGCCUCGCUCCUCCAUCGUGGACAAGAUCCGCAAUGAUUUCUGCAACAAGCAGAGCGACAGGUGCGUGGUGCUGUCGGACCCCCUGAAGGACUCGUCCAGGUCCCAGGAGUCGUGGAGCUCCUUCCUGCUGAAGCUGCGCACCCUGCUGCUCAUGUCCUUCACCAAGAACCUGGGCCGCUUCGAGGACGACAUGCGCACGCUGCGCGAGAAGCGCACGCAGCCCGGCUGGAGCUUCUGCGAGUACUUCAUGGUGCAGGAGGAGCUGGCCUUUGUGUUUGAGAUGCUGCAGCAGUUCGAGGAUGCCUUGGUUCAAUACGAUGAACUGGAUGCCCUUUUCACCCAGUACGUCCUCAACUUUGGAGCAGGAGACGGCGCCAACUGGCUGGGCUCAUUCUGCGCGCCGGUCCACAACUGGAGCGGGCUGCUGCUGCGGCGGCCCAUCGACAUGGAGAAGAGGGACAGCAUCCAGCGGGGCGAGGCCAGCCUGCUGGACCUCCGGAGCUACCUCUUCUCCCGCCAGUGCACCCUGCUCAUCUUCCUGCAGAGGCCCUGGGAGGUCACGCAGCGGGCCCUGGAGCUGCUGCACAACUGUGUGCAGGAGCUCCACCUGCUGGAGGUGUCGGUCCUGGAGGGCGCUCUGGACUGCUGGGUGUUCCUCAGCUGCCUGGAGGUUCUGCACCGGAUCGAGGGCUGCUGUGACCCGGCCCAGCUGGCCGCCAACUGCUCGCACACGGUGGGCCUCUGGGCCUACGCUACAGACAAGCUCAAGUGCCUGGGCGAGCUGUGUGGCCUGGUGUCAGAGAAGGGUCCGACCUCGGAAGAUCUGAACCGGACUGUGGACCUGCUGGCAGGCCUGGGCGAUGAGAGACCCGAGACCAUCAGCAGCUUGCUGAGCCCUUACAAGAAGCUCAAAGAGGCCUUAUCGUCCGUGGUGGCCUUCGAGAGGCACUACCUCGAGCUCUCUCACGCUGCCAUGGAGAUGUACAAGGAAAUCAACAGGCUGAGGUCAGCUAGGCUGGUGGGGAAAAGCCUCGCUGAGUUCUACAUGAGGAAAGGAGAACCCGAACGGGCUGAGGUAUUCCUCCAGGAAGCCCUUAAGUCCUACGUGUCGGAGGGGUGGAGCUUGCCUGUCACGCACACCAGGAAAAACAUUGCAGCGUGCCAGAAGCUGCUGGGGAGGACUGAGGACUAUCUGCAGACGUGCGCCUUGUUGGCGGGUGAUGCAAAUCUAACCGACGAGGAGAGGAAAAACUUCUGUCAGGAAAUCCUGUCCUUUGCAAGCAAAUCAACAGACAAGUCCGCUCAGAGAGUCACCCUCAGCAUGACCGCCUUCGCCCAGCUCACGCGGCUGGAGUUCCGUCCGUCCACGGCCUCCGUGCACUCGGGCGCCGUCCUUCAGGUGGAGCUGAGCCUGCGCUGCCUGAUGCCCGUGGCCGUGCGCAUCCAGCAGCUCUCGGCCAGCAUCCACUUCAGCCUGGAGCAGGCGGGCACCCACGGCCGGUCCAAGGGCCCGCCGAGGCAGACCAACCCGGGCACGGUGCACUUCGCCCAGCCCCACUCCUCGGGGAACGCCGUGCCGGCCUCGGCCACCACGCCCUCGCUGGAGCUGGACGAGAUCCAGGACCGCAGCCCCUCGGACAACUCGCUCAACUCCACGGGCAUCGUGUGCAAGAACACCCACCUGGUCAUGCGGCGCCACGACAGCGGCCUGUCGCCCGACACGGCCAACAGCGUCAGCCCGCCCUCCGUCGCCGUGGACGACGGGGCGCAAAUGCUGAAGGUGCAGGACGUGACGCUGGAGCCCGGGACCAACGCCGUCGUGUUCACCGCGCCGAGCGGUGACCCGGGCACGUACACCCUGAGGCAGCUGUGUGCCACGGUGGGCCAGGUCCAGUUUGUGCUGCCCCACAUCUACCCACUGAUCCAGUACGAGGUGUACUCCCAGGAGCCCCAGCUCACCGUGGAGCCUCUCUCUGAGCCGCUGCUGGCCGGCCUGCCCCAGAGCGUGAGGUUCACCCUGCUCACGGGCCACUACGCCGUGAAGAAGGGCGACGCGCUGCAGCUCAGCAACAGCGACGCCAUGCCCCUGCUGCCCUCCGCCGCCUGCAAGGCCUCCAUCCUCAGCCCCACCAACGAAUGUGUGGGCGAGAGCUCCCUGUCCAUCCAGUCCUCGGAGAAGGUGACCAGCAUCAGCCUGCCCCCCACCCCUCCCUACCACACGCUGGAGUUCCACCUGGAGGUGCUCUGCGUCAUCCCCCCGGGGCCCGACCGGCCGCCCAACGAGAGGCUCACCAACGGGGAGGUGCGCCACCGGCCGCGCAGCUACAGCCAUCCCGACACCCCGAUGACGGCCAUCGACCAGCGGAUGUCUAUAGACUGCCCCUGGUCCAUCUACUCCACGCUGCUGCCCCUCACCUUCUACAUCCCCUUCAAGACCAAACACUCCCUCCUCUCCGCCGGAAACAGGAAGUACAUCCAGGUGUGCGUGCAGAACGUGUCGGACGCCAGCUUCCAGCUGGCUGAGCUGAGUCUGUCGGAGACGCAGGAGGCGUCGCUGGAGCUGCAGUCCCUCAACACUAAAGCCCCGCAGUUGGUGUGCAGUAAGCAGAGCGUGUUUUGCCUGUGGGAGGUACGGUGGAAGACGGACCUUCCCUCGUGUCUCCAGUGCGUGUUCUCCGCCAGCUUCUCCCCGCUGGGCCAGCCCGCCUCCUCCUUCAAGCCCUUCCUCUACCAGUUCCAGCUGGAGAGAGUCACCACCCUGUACAGCGUGCGGGCUGAGAUCCUCCCUGCGGUUGGGGAGCAGCAGUGUCGCUCUGGCACCCUCUGUGGGCUGGAGGUGUGCAUCACGAGGCUGACGGAGCCCGCCGAGGGAGAGCUGGCAGAGGAGGGCAAGACCGACUCAGACGGCCUCCGGACCACAAAGCUCAUGUAUGAAGUGGCCGACAGCAGUAGCAACUGGGCGGUGUGUGGCAAGAGCUCCGGCAUGGUGUCGAUGCCCGUGGCGGCCAGCGCCUCGCACAGGGCGCACAUCGAGGUCAUGCCCCUGUUCGCCGGCCACCUGCCCUUCCCAAAGAUCAAGGUGUUCAAGUACCUGCCGCACACGGCCACGCAGGCCAUCCAGCCGGACCCUGACAGCUGCGUGGAGAACGACACCCUCUCCCUCCUGGACAAGAACCUGGACGACCCGCAGGGCGACACGGCCAGCCUCCGCAGCCGCGGCAGCGUGCACUCGCUGGGCAGCGGCGAGCAGCAGCGGGGCCUGCCCAUGCCCCGCCUGGAGCCCUUCGGCCCGGGGCAGGUGUUCAACCACAGCCACGCCCAGCAGGUGCUGGUGCUGCCCGCCACCGACGACCACAUCAUGGAGGUCAACGCCACGUGACAGCCCCCCCCCUCCCCGGCCCCCACCCACCCGGUGGCUGGACUUACUACUACUACUACUACUACUACUACUACUACCACCACCACCCCUCCUACCAGCUCCGUCCUGAGGUCCUCACCGCCCGACGCCACCUCACCUCACCUCGCGCCCCCCCCCCCCCCCCCCCCCUUUACACGGCACUGAGCUGGCCUUGAGCACUUGGCGGGGGGGGGGAGGGGGGUUGGAAGCCCCCAACCCCUGCAAGAAGGACACUUUAUCGUCAACGGAGACGUCCCCCCCCCAAGAACACUCAGCGACGGACGAAGGACAUCUGCUGCUACUGCUGACCCCCCGUCCGUCCGUCCGUCACCCGUCACCCUACCCUCAUCCCUCCAUCACUCCCCCCCCCCCCACCCCCCCCACGCACUUCCCCACCUAGCACAUUAAAACAAUCUAGAAGAUCUAUAUAUUUGGCCGCUCAUCUCAUACGCGACAAACAAAGUCCCACCCCUUCCCGCUCUGUGGAACUCUGAAUGUUCGCUGUCCCAUGAUGCUUUGCGGCCACCUGUUGCCAAACCCUGUGCCAGACGUUCGUGGCCAGGGCUAAUGCAGGAACAGUGUCCGCCUCCCUUGAAGGAAAAAUGCUAGAAUUCAGAUGCACCAAAGCCCCACAUAGCCAGUAGUCUGUAACGCAAGACUACUGGGAGUUGCUCGACUACUGAAGUACUGUAUUUUGACUGUGUGUGUGUGUGUGUGUGUGUGUGUGUGCGUGUGCGGGUGUCUCUAUGUCCUCAUAGGAGUAUGUGUGAUCUAGUGAGUGAUUCUUAAAACUAAGGAUGAGCCAGUGGACAAUAUCUAUCUAUAUUGUCUUUGUCCGUUUUAUAGUUUGUGUAUAUCUAGUGCGUGUGUCUCAAGGGGUGCGUAAGCGUUGCUGAAUCUGUGUCUGAGCUAUGCACACGUAUUGUAGGACCUGGUAGAAAUGAAUGAAAGGAUUACUCAUGGAACAGAGUGUCACCUCGAAGCUGACCGUAAAAGCCCUUCCUCACCACAUUGUAAUUAUACUCCAUCUCUCUGGGCACUGUACAUACUGGUCUGUAAAUAAAUGUGAUUUCAAUCUUCAACAAAAUCUAUGAUUUCCAAGUAUAUAUUAAAAAAAAGCAUUGGAGUUGACUUUGUGCAGUGGGGUUUUGUAAAUAAAAAAUAAAAUAAAAAUAUAACUUUAUAA